CUUCACCACCACACCUACAAGAAAGCCCUAAGAAAUGUCAAAUCUGAAAUGGGGCUUUGUGCUUACUAUCUUCAUUUUCAUCACAAAGCUUCAUGUGGGUAGUUGUUACUCAAGUUCAUCUUCAGACCCAAGUGCCCAGCAAAAGCUGGACAGAGUUUCAGAGCUGCCUGGUCAAACCUUUGAUGUGAGCUUUGCACACUAUGCUGGGUACAUCACAGUCAACGAGGAAGGUGGGAGAGCUCUGUUCUAUUGGUUCUUUGAGGCUACUGAGGACCCUUCUUCCAAGCCUCUCGUUCUUUGGCUCAAUGGAGGGCCUGGAUGUUCAUCAAUUGCAUACGGAGAGGCUGAGGAAAUUGGACCUUUUCACAUUGAAAAAGAUGGGAAGACUCUUUAUUUGAACCCGUAUUCUUGGAAUCAAGUCGCUAAUAUACUAUUUCUUGACUCCCCGGUUGGUGUUGGUUACUCGUAUUCAAACAUCUCCUCUGAUCAUCUGAACAAUGGAGAUAAAAGAACUGCUGCUGAUUCGCUAGCAUUUUUGUUGAAGUGGUUUGAAUGUUUUCCUCAGUAUAAAGGAAGGGACUUUUAUAUCACGGGAGAGAGCUAUGCAGGACAUUAUGUUCCUCAGCUUAGCCAGGCCAUUGUAAGGCACACCAGGGUGAAAAAGGAAAAACUAAUCAACUUAAAGGGUUACAUGGUGGGAAAUGCUUUGAUUGAUGAUCAUUAUGACCACUUGGGAAUUUUCCAAUUUAUGUGGUCAGCUGGAAUGAUUUCUGAUCAAACUUACAAGCAGCUGAAUGUUUUCUGCGAUUUCCAAUCAUUUAUACACACCUCAGAGAAUUGUGAUAAGAUUCUAGACAUUGCUAGCGAAGAACUUGGGGAAAUUGACCCUUAUAGCAUUUUUACUCCACCCUGCAAUGCUAAUUUUAGAAUAUCAAAUCAGCUAUUGAAAAGAUGGCAUAAGGUUGGCCACAUCAGCCAGAAGUAUGAUCCAUGCACCGAAGAGCACUCAACUGUGUAUUUCAAUUGGCUUGAGGUUCAAAAGGCUCUUCACGUUGAUGAAAUGCAUGCUCCAUCUAAGUGGGUAACAUGCAGUGAGGAGAUAAAUUCUAAUUGGAAGGAUUCUCCUAGUUCCGUGCUGGACAUCUAUCACGAGCUUAUACAUUCAGGACUUCGUAUCUGGGUAUUCAGCGGUGAUACAGAUUCUGUACUUCCAGUUACAUCUACCCGGUACAGUAUAGAUGCUCUCGGACUUCCAACUGUGAGUCCUUGGCGUGCUUGGUACGAUGAUGGCCAGGUGGGCGGAUGGACCCAGGAGUACAAAGGACUAAAUUUUGUUACUGUGAGAGGAGCUGGCCAUGAAGUCCCUCUGCAUAGGCCCAAACAAGCUCUUACCCUGUUGAAGUCUUUCUUAGCAGGAACCUCAAUGCCUACACUGAAACAAGUCAGUGAUUCUUAAAAAUAUGCUUCCCCGCAUCGGUCCAUUUUUUCCGCAAAACGGGAAGUACGCUGUUUGUCAUAGGGAUGCAAUAUUGAUUCGCCACCAUGGAGUGAUGGACUGCUUUAGGCAAGCAACAAUAGAUCUUGAUGGUUAUAGUGACAAAUUGUCUUUGAAUAAAGGAUUUAUUGGGUGCUUAGUUGCAAAUCCGCCACAGGUUUGAUGCCUCAAUUUUACUUGUAGGUGGUUGUGCAUAGGGUUUGAUUUCACAAUUUAAGCUUCAGUUUGCCUGUGUGCCUGAAACCAGAUCGGAAUCUCAAUUGACAUGUUAGUUUUGAACUUUUGAUGGGUUUCUGUCUGUCAAAAGUACUUGAAUUCUAUCGAAAAAUAUUUGGUGGAAGUGCAUGACAUGAGUAAGUUCUUGUGC